AGGAAGCAGAGCCUUACUGGCUGAUUGCUGCUCAAAUAUAACUGGAAAAGCAAUCGACAAUAACAGACCACUAAAGGCUCUGUGCCGUCAAUCAAUGCAUCACCCAGCAAAAUCCAAGAAGAUGCGCAACUGACGAUGGCCACCUUCUUGGAUCAACCCGGGGUUAUUCACUUCACAAUCAGGGAUCGUGGAAAACUUCUUUUGCGUCCUUCAAGCAAAGGCUGGAGAGAUGGCUGUCCACAGUCCAAGUUACGGAUCCAGGCGAGCCAGACUUGCACAACAUCCCUGCCAUCAGGGGUUAAGCGACAACCUGCGACAACAACCGAAACCGCCCGCUCUGCUUCAUCAAUGCCUUUCACACAAAAACCGUCGAGACCUGCUUCAUCGGCGAAGGAUCCUAGUUGCAAAUCGCGGAUCGGGGCAUGGGUUGGUCCAUUUUCAGCUUAAUUCAGUCUGUUCAUCCGUGGACCUGGCCUGCAGAGUCCCACUAUUCCUUCAUGGCUGGAGAAUACUCGAGUAGGUACACACUACCAAAUAACCAUCGACUCCUAAGUGUUUCCUUCUCGCCCAGCAUCGCCGGCAGUGAGAGUCUUUGGAGGUCGUCACCAUUGACCACUCACAGAAGAGCACAAUCCAUCUUGCAAGUGUGCACCCAUCCGUGAAACUAUCACUCAACAUCGCCGCGGGCUUUGCCUUUCCAAAGUUUACCCCAUCAUACCCACCCCCAAGUCCCCCCCUGUAGCCGGACUCGACUCCUCCCGCGCGUGGGCCUGGUUCCCUUAUACUUCAUGCAUCCCCUAGAGCCAGCACGAGGUCUCUAAUGUCUGGACGUCUGGACGACUUGACGUUCUUUUUGGGGUUUUGCUGCCAGUCCUGUCGUCACAUCUUUUUUGCAUUCUCUGGCUUCCCUUGCCACUGCUGCUGGUUCAGAUUUCCGUUUCAUCUUUCAUCUUCUUCUCUACGGGCAUCUGGACUGCCCCACUAAUUAUUUCCACCUCCGUCAACACACUUUCUACACACACACAACUCAUUCUCGAGAAAAGAACAUUCUUUACGGUAUUCAUGACUUAACCAAAUCAUCAAAGUGAACACAUAGGCUCGCUGCCUGCAAAUCGAUUUGGAAAUCUCCUGUGAAGAGCCGUCGAUGACGGCGGACAACACGAUGGCGUCCACGGCGAGGUUGGUGAUGGAGCGGGCUCUCAGGAACCAUACGACUCUAAGCUUUAACGGAACAAGUUUGAAUGGGACAUGGGAUUCAACGAGGGCGGCGGCGGAAGAAAGCGCCAAUAAUGCCACCGAAGCCACAGGGCUGUUGAUCAAGAAACUCGCGUUUGCGGAGAGCAAGUCGGUCAGGACCUCGACGAUAAUCCUCGCAGCAUUUAAUGUAUUGGCGGCACUGGCAACGGCUUCGAGCAUCUUAUACGACUCUUACAUGUCUACGAAGAGGUGCAACCCAAAGUUCAAAUCAACGUAUGUCAGAAAUAGGACAGGUAGAUGGAUGGUUGCUAAUGUCGAUAGGAAAUUUUGCAUCAGUAAAAUACACCCAGCUGAGACUUUCCCCUUGAUUCUUGCCAUCGGAAUCGCCAUUCAAGGUUUUGCAUUCAUGGGGGUACAAGGAACGGGAUUGCAAUCUCUGUUUGUCAAAGGGUGUGACGUGUUUGCACAGUUUUUGCUACCUGGUAUGUUGAAUUCUGCUAAAAGUGCCGAGGAAAUGCUAACACACAACAGCACUUUUCCUUGUACCAUACAUACAAUUGGUCUUUGGAGUCGAAUGCGCUAUCCGGUCUUUGCGAGCUAAGCCAUUUCAAGCUCGAGGCAAGUAUGAUGUAACCAUAUGUUGUGUUCUAGUUCUGGUAUUCACGAUUGGAACGUGGGCAUAUUCAUACGUGGUCCAGGAGAACGAGACAUGCUUCGCGUCUUUGAUGUGGUUUUUAACAAUUUACGGGGAGGUGGGCUUGAUCAUGCUAUCUGUCAUUGCAGCAAUCAUGCUCGCCAGUGCUUUAACUAUAUACUUCCGCCUUUCAAAUGUCGACUUUGUCGACUUUAUCGACGAGCAUCAAAGAAUCGCGGCCUCGAGAAUGGUUUACUACCUGGUUCUCGGCUUGCUUUCUCUAGUAAGUCAAGCUGGUUCAGGCUUCGCAGCGCAUUGUGCUAACAAUUUCAAGGCAUUCGUCAUUCCAUGGUUCGCAUCCCUUGUCACUGAUAAUGGGGGCUUGAAGCAAGCCAUGAUUGGAACUGUGGUGGUAAAUCUUUCAGGCUUGGUCAAUGGACUCCUCCAUCUAUUUUUGCGAGCGAACACGGCUUCGACUUCAUUCGGACGGAGUGGAUCAAACGACGUAAAGAAGCACGAAAUCAGAAUUUGGGGCCCAAAUGAGUUGGUGUUUUUGAACCAUCAAACGAUGUCGCCUGUUUCGACAUCCCAAGAUCGUCUAGAUAGUCGGGCUGGUUUAGUUGGGGAUGAAAAAGGAAGUAUUAUUAGUAUGGACUCUUCAGUAAGCUCGAAUUUCACGAAAUCUGCGCCAACAUCACGAUUCAACGAAAAAGUAUAUCCAACUGUUACCGAGUCAGAGAUUCCAACAUAUAACGAGCCCACGCGAGGGCAUGCCACGAAGCCAUCAUACUCUCUCUUCCCGGGCGAAAACGCACCUGAAAGCAAUACACUAGGUGUGCCUAAAAUGCGACAGGACCCUACAUCGAUAUAUGAUAUCACUGAUCUGGCAGCACCACCGAAGAUCUUCAGUCGCGGUCACGGGAGAAACCCGUCCAUCAUUUCUACCGCAACAGUCCAGAUUGGUCUAAGAUUAUCGCACGCCCCGGAAUCUAAUGACUCGACGAUACCUUUUGGGCUUCCGUCGACAACCUACGAAGCAACGCCAGCCCCGAAAUUCUUGGCUCCCUCGCCACUGAAACUCGUGACACAAGAUGUCGCGCACUCACGCCCACAAUCACCUCUUCGACUCGCCAACUCGACAAGUCCUAGAUUAAACUCCACCAGUGUUAAACUGAAUUCAACAAGCCCCAGACUGAGCCCAAAGUCUACAACUCUCAACUAUCAGACAUCCACCAAGACCCUCCCUCCCACACCAAGGGCAAAUCUUCUCAAAAGAACUGAUAGUGAUCCCAUUCAGUUGAGUCCUGCAGUGUACUCACCGGCCAAAUCUUCAGUUGUACGAUCGGACUCUAAAGCCUCGACAUACUCCAGGGUAUCUGACGAAUCAAGGGCUGAAGAAGUCUCGAGGAAAGCUUCUCUUUCUCGCGGUCCACUGAGAGGAAACCCCAUGGGCAGCCCUGUCAAACCAACGAAGAACAGUGGAAGAAAAAAUGAAUGGAUAUGAGAGAACCCCAAUUAAUGUGGGAUCUUCUGUAUUAUUGUUUCUCAAAAAGUUUUCAUUGGGGCCUUGGGCUAAGCGCAAAAAAAAAUCGCCGAGCCAAGGGUUGGAUGUGAGAGAGGGUCUUCGAUAGACUUGGGUAAUUAGGUGGUUUUUGAGCGCGUCACUUUUUCUUGCUUCUUGUCGACCAUGAUUCGUCCUCCCGAAGAUGAGUUUCUGUACUAUCAAGACAUGUUGUAUUUCCCCACGCAUAUCGGGUAUAGGAGACGAUGUCAUAUUUCGGCAUGUGUUGCCGCUGUUGUUGUGUUUCUAUUCUAAUGACACCUCUUGAUUGAUGGUCUGGCUUUUUAUUUCCUUUGUCUUUUUUGUUCUUUGUAUACGCCGAAUACGCCUAUCCCUUUUAUUUUCUAUUACCUCUUGUCUAUUGUAUUGUAUACGAUUGUUCGGGUGUCUACUCGGCGGAGCGACAUGAACAAUUUUUGGGACUACGAUACCUCCUGUGGAGAUUUUAUAUGUGUGUGAUGGGUUGAUGAGACUGAUGCUUGCAUGGUCUCUCAUCUCUUGGGGAGUUGGCGCUUGAAAAGGUGCACAAGUUAUGAGGAGGUUGGAGGUAGUGAAAACUGCAUAUCCCGGAUGAGAAUGGAAGGGAUAGCAAGCACAGAGGCUUUCGCGCACAGUAUAUAGCCUGUUCUAGUCUUUUUUUAUCUUACCUAUCCUAACUAUUAAUUCAUGAUACCUUCAUUUAUCUGCAGC